AGGCUAGUCUCGGCCUCGGGCACAUGUAUAUAGCGAGUUUCUCGGAAGGAGAUAUCAAAAAAUACCCGCAUUGAUAACAUAGUUGUAUUGGUGCCCGAAGAGUCACAUAAGUGGGAGCAAAGUUCACGAGUGACUAGAUGUUUUUGCCUGCUAUGUGUCGUUUCGUUUAGUGUUCAGCCGAGAUCGCGUACGAGGAGACCGCCCUGCAUAAGCAAAAGUAGUCAUUCAACAUUUCGGCGCAAAUGACUGAAAAUGCAAAGACGACGAGCAGUGCAAACAGAUAUGGCCCGCUCAUCGGAGCUAUCGACGAGGGCACGAGCAGCGUCAGAUUUUUGGUCUUUGCAGCCAAUACUGCCGAGGUCUUAACGUAUCAUCAAAAAGAGCUCAAAGUCUCUUAUCCACAAGAAGGAUGGGUGGAACAAGACCCGAUGGAAAUACUCGAAGCAGUUCACGAAUGUUUGAAUCAGACUGUAGAAAAUUUAAAACAACUAACAAUUAAUCCAGCUGACAUUGUUGCUAUUGGAAUUACAAAUCAAAGAGAAACGACGAUAGUCUGGGAUACCAAGACUGGAAAACCAUUAUACAAUGCUAUUGUGUGGAUGGAUAUGCGAACUACCUCUAUCAUAGAUGAACUUCUUAAGAAAGUCCGUAAUCAGAAUAAAAAUUAUCUCAAAUCACUCUGUGGUUUACCAAUAAGCCCCUAUUUUAGUGCUCUGAAAAUGAAGUGGCUUAUGGACAACGUAAGCGAGGUCCAAGAAGCUAUCAAAGAAAAUAGAUGUAUGUUUGGGACUGUUGAUUCAUGGCUCAUAUGGAAUUUAACAGGUGGCUCAAAUGGUGGGGUUCAUUGUACAGAUGUAACUAAUGCUUCCAGAACUAUGUUAAUGAACAUUGUAAAUUUAAAAUGGGAUCCAUAUCUUUUAUCUUUCUUCCAAAUCCCAGAAGAUAUUCUGCCACAAAUCCGUAGCUCUUCAGAGAUUUACGGCAAUAUCGUUGAUGGUGUUUUACAGGGGGUUCCAAUAUCUGGUUGUUUAGGAGAUCAACAAGCUGCUCUUGUUGGUCAAAUGUGCUUCCAACAUGGCCAAGCCAAAAGUACUUAUGGAACUGGAUGUUUCCUUUUAUACAAUACAGGAACGAAGAUUGUUGAUUCAGCCCAUGGUUUGUUGACAACAGUUGGAUAUCAAUUUGGUCCAAAGGCUGAUCCAGUCUAUGCCUUAGAAGGUUCGAUUGCUAUGGCUGGUGCUAUUGUUAAAUGGUUAAAAGACAAUCUACAAGUUAUUGACGACGUAUCUGAAACAGAAGCUAUUGCUGAGAAACUCACAUGUGAUAAUCGAAUUAUUUUUGUUCCUGCGUUUUCUGGACUGUAUGCGCCUUAUUGGCGAAAAGAUGCCAGAAGUGUGAUUUGCGGUAUUACGGAGGACAUCAAUUAUCGACACAUAGUGAAAGCUGCACUUCAAUCUGUCUGUUUCCAAACUAGAGAUAUUUUGGAAGCUAUGAGAGAAGAUACAGGAAUGACCUUGACAAAAUUAUUAGUUGAUGGAGCUAUGACUAGUAAUAAUCUACUUAUGCAAAUGCAAGCGGAUAUCUGUGGUGUUCCAGUAGUUCGACCAGUAAUGUGUGAAAUAACAGCACUUGGAGUAGCAAUUGCAGCUGGCUGCGCAGAAGGUAUAAAAAAGUGGGAUAUAACUGUUGGUACCAAUGUCCCAAGUGAUACUUUUACUCCGUCAAUUACAGAAAAUGAACGAGAUAUGUUAUAUUCAGAGUGGAAGAAGGGCAUUGAACGAAGUCUCGAUUGGGAAACUGAUGCUGCUUCUGAGGAAGAGGAGGACAUCAAUAAGAUGACAGCAUCCGGUUUGUUUGUGUUUGGCACUUUACUACUACUUAUGUUCGCGAGGUAUCGAUCGUGAACUCUUCAAGCUACUAUAUAGAAGAUUUAGGCAAGAAAAUAUUCCAAACUAUGCGGGACUUUGAUAGUUUUGCUGAUAACCAUUGCAUUUAGUCAUAUAAAAGCAAAAAUCUUACGGGUACCGAAAAAACCAAUCCGCACACGGUGUAAAUAUACAGCUGUUAAUUCAUCUGAGUUUCACGAGACCUCAAUUUCUGUGCAAAUUAUUUAUGUAUUACGAUUUUUUUAUAGUUGCGUAUUCUUAAGAACAUCGUUAGUCAUAAAAUCACUAUACAGCUUCCUAUGCAGUACUUAAACAAUAGUACAUUACGAUACGUGUGACUUAAAUGGUUCUUUUUUACACGGCGCAGUUAGCACCCGAGCGCAGCGAGUGUGAUAAACACGGUUUAAAAAAGGACUGAUUUAGUCACAGAUAGGCGUGACUUAACAGCGGAUUUUAGCCACACUGUUCUAUAAAAUAUUUUAUGUGCACAUGGUACGUGAGCUGGCGUUUGAUUAGAUAUCAGUUUGCUAGUUCAUGUGCUCAAUUAGUCAAGUAGUGCUAAACUAUGCACACAUGAAUAUGACUAGAUAUGACGGUAUUUUUCUUUUAGAGUAUAUAUUAGAAUUGUACAAUACAAAUGACCUUGGACAACUAUUCCUGCAAUUUUAAGUAUACCACGUGUAGGUGUAAUGUAUAUAAUGAUAAACUGUAGUAAUACAGCUUAACGCUCAAGACCAAUUUUUGUAUCUUGCAAAGCGUUGUGUAAACUCUAAAGUGCCAGGUAGAUUCCGUGUUUUGUUUAUAAAUAAAAAAGACUUUUUUUCAAAAAAUAAGUGCUUAUUUAUUAGUUACAAAAUUUAAUUUCAUAUAAAGUUUGCUAUUUUUUUUUUUGUUAAUCACGCUGCUUUGUGAUCAAAAUUUUCAAAUUCACUGUUAUUUUUAUUUGCUAUUUUUUUGUUCAUUUUCGUCACUGCUGUUGCUUUUUCUUGAUUUUUGUGAUGAUUUUUUCGAUACUGAUUUUUGCUGCGAUUUUGCGCUGUUCGAUGAUUCUCC